AUGCCUCCAACUGCAUCGUUGCGCGUCCUGGGGCGCGCAAGCUCUUCUCGCAAGAUCACUGGGAGACGUUACGCCUCGCACGGCGCACCACAUUACAACGAGCCCUCCGGCUACCUCUUCAGCGAGAAGCCGUUACCACCAGGGCAGAAGCGUGUCAAGGAAGACUGGGAGAACGUCUGGUACAUCGGGAUGUUUGGGGGUAUGGGAGCCGUUGGGGUGCUGCUAUAUUACAAGCCCGAUACCAGCAUACAGACCUGGGCGUUGAAGGAGGCGAAGGAGCGCAUGGAGGCUCGUGGCGAGAAGGUCGAGUACAAACCUUCAUUGUCACCACCGCUGUAA